CUCAUUUUUCCCUCUACAAUCCGGUACGCUUCACUGGGUGGACUGCGACCUGACCAUUCUGCCGCGCCUGUUUGGAUACAGGGUCUGUCCAAUAAGAAAACACUAUCAGCUUAAUCAAUCUUAUUCCGUGGGAUUCCUCUUGUAAUCCACUUCACGCUCUUGUAGCCAUCGCGAGCAAGCACUGGCGCAACCCAAAUAUCUUUCUCCUGAUAUCAAACAGAUAAACGCAUCAUUACCAUGGCCCCAAAGUACUCACUGUAUAGCGGUACCACGGUGGACGAACUACUGGAAAAGGCUGGCAAACCACAAGAUAAUGCUCACUAUCUGGCGGGUGAACCACCGGUUUCUUUCUUCACACAACCGCCCAAAGGAUAUGCCGCCGUCUUCUCGACUAUGCUCGGCACGAGGCCCUUUCGUUUCGUUAAGAACCCCACCUACGAACGAGAGGGCUACUACUGGUGGGCUGCAGAGAUUCAAAAGACAUGUGAUGGACUACGACGGCAUAUGCCAGACAUUUGCAGAAACAUUGAGACCCCUAGAGAUUUCUGGGAUUUAUACAGAUACUUUGACGCCAUCGACAUCUAUCAGCGAGGCGCUCAGAAUCUGUGGAACGUGCUCAUGACUCUUAUUUAUGAGAACGACUAUGCGCGAGAAGUGGUCGAAGUCGAACAGAAAUGGCAGACCGAGCAACAUUUACCCUUAUUCAAAGUUCUGGCUGCCAAAUUGCUCAGCAAACCCGACAUGCAGAGUGCGCUUUUGCAGUGGGACGAAGGAAAACAACCCGAUAUCCUCAAAGCUUUGGCUCCACGUGAAUUACAAAUCUUCUUCAAAGGCUACAACAAAUACCCCGAACACUUUCUUGAAGCAAUUCGAGGGGUUUUUAGAAAACACUACGACAGUCUUCAGAAGAAAGGAUUACCACUCGCUCUUGGUCUUGAUAGUGUGGACAACCCGAAUAUCAAUGUCAAGGAGGGUCUCAAUGCUUUACGGUGUCAUCUAGAUGGGGCCCCAGACGACCCAUUCAUGGACAAGUUUGACAUACCCAACAAGAUCGUUAAUGGAGUCGUUAUUGCCGAUGGAACGUCGCAAACCGCAGCUCGUAAAGCUGGCUAUAAUCAGCUAAACAUUCAUUCUACCAACCACCCAAAACGACAUGAAGAUGCCCAAGCUAAUGGACCCUCUCGACAACGCCCUGAAUCAGGUGUGCCGGCUGAGGACACAAACCCGAGCUGCCAGAAUGUUGAACAAAGCCAGGAUGCGGUUGACCUUGCCACAAUCAAGCGAUGCUCAAGUGCCCCCAUUGGUGUGAAACUCUCGAGUAAUUCAACUAAUUUCGCCACCAAUGACCCUCGCAUUCACACCAGUAACAGUCAUGUAGCUGACCAGAAGCACACUGGACAUGAAAAGCCGAUUUACCCUGAAGGUCAUAUCGCAGCAAAUGCAGCUCAUACUGCUGCUGCGUAUGCUCCAAACAGUCACUUACAAGAGGUUCCGCCGGCUAUGCAUAACGGUUUACCUCCUCCGCAUUAUCAGCCUGGUGUAAUAGAAGCUAGGUACUGCCAAGCUCCCUCAGUUCGACAACCGGCGUUUCCAAAUCCCCCUGUCUUUGUCCCAAAUUCUGUAGCUCCAGCCCAGUUACCAGAGUAUCGAGAUCGUGGUAUGUCCCAAGGUGCGUUCGCUAAUCAGAUUCCAACAUACGCAUUAUCGCAACAGUACAUGCAAGGUCCUCCACCCAUUAUGCAACAAGCCCAAGGCCCUGCUCCGGUUUACACCCAUGCCAAAAAGGGCGGUAACAACGUGAAUGGAAUACCUCCAUAUGCCCAGACACAACAUUACAACACGCCUCCUGUACAUACUGGUAACUUCAGAGGCUCGGUGGAGCAUAAGAAAAAUCCCGACACCAAAAGCAACGGCAAGUGGCAACAAGUCGGAUCUGACGACAUACACGGUCCGAAGGCCAUUUUCCGUAAGGACAGCAUUCGUGGUCAGGCACACCACAAUACUAGUAAUGACCAGUGGCAAAGCAGAGAGCCUCAUCAUACGGACAGGCGGACCUCGACUACCAGUGCCACUAGUGGCUUUCGACAGUUCAACAAUAGUCGCCCGCAGCAAUACAAUAACUAUGAUGGCCUUCGUCCAGCGACAUUGGUCUCUACAAUGGGAAAUACGUAUCGAUCUCCAGCGACUGCAAGUCAGCUGUUGAGGGAUUACGGGUGUGUCAACGCCGAUACACAACCCAGUGUCUAUAACAAGUUCGAUCCUUGUCCCUGUAACAAAUGCAAUGAAAGAGAUCGAACAAUAUAUGUCAUCGGAUUCAAAGACAACGUUCUCAAGAGAGCCGACGCCAAGGACCACCUGAAUAAGCACUUUAGCAAAUUUGGCCAGAUUGAAGACGUAAGAAUAGCCGAACAGAACUUUAUUGCUGUCCACAUCAGGUUUGCUAGCCCCCAAUCAACAAUAGCUGCUGUCAGAUCAGAACCUGAACCGGUGAUUGAAGGUCUGGGGGAUUCUCCAGUCACUGUGAAUUUCCGGACCGGGUCUCAGUUCUUCGUUCCAAAAAUCCCCAGGCGUAUGGAGGAGUUCGGUAACUACCGACACUUUACUCGAGAUCCCGCUCAAGCGCAGCCUACAGUCAUGCCUCAGCCGCCUAUUGUUGCAUCAAACAACUUUAAUGCUCAGGCUCGACCUUUCCAGUAUCAUCACCAAUUCCCUCAAAAGCCUGUGAGUACAUCUGGUGCUGUGGUUCCUUCAGAGCAUCAUCCCGGCGCUACUAUUGCGGCGGAAUGUGCCAUGAGCGUAUUAGAUCGAGCGGCUACACAAUCGGGCUUUGGGAAGAAAGAGGCCGAGAGAUCUUCAUUUAGUGCCGCCACAAACUUGAUGCUCCAGCCUUCACAGCGACUUCGGCCGAUUGAUGUGCCGCCUUCACACUCUGUACCAAAUCAGCAGCCCAUUGAAGACUCACAGCUUGAUGGGGCUCCUCAAGAUUCGGUCAAAGAUAUCUCUAACUGCACAGAAGAAACCAAUACGUCUAGUCAGACUAGCAUUCGAGGCACUCCUAUCAGGACGCCCCAGUCGGAUAAUGAUACGCCACUGGCAGUAAUUCCUCUAGUAACUGGUCAAGACGACCUGGCUCAAUUACCGGACAACAAAGACCCAACAACGCCAGACGAAGAAAUGAAGUUUGACUAUGGUACAGUUCGUGUACGCCCUGGAAAAGCUCAAUAUGUACCGAUUCCCUCGGAUUGGCGCCAGAACCCCACGUCUCCCCAUUGCAUACAGGAUGAGCAGCAAAAGCCAACCACAACAGAAAUUGUCGUGGCUGGGUCACAACCUGAGAUUGGGGAGAACCAAUCGCAAUUGGACAAUGGCAAGCAUACAAGUGAGGAGCUUGAAAGCAGUUCCCACGCAAAGCGCAAGGCUAGUCGCUCAGACGAUGUCGAGGAGGCAUCCGGUCAGCUUUCUCCCAAAAAGAAGUCGGCGAAAACUGCCCAGCCGGGCGAAGCUAUAUCAGAUGGUCAGAGCUCCCAGUCUGUAAUUCAUAAGGAGCCAAUUUCUGGCCGGACUACAACUGGCAAGAAGAAAAAGAAGAACAAAAGUAAGAGGCGCCAAAGCCAAAAUGCAGGGCCAGCAUGCCCUGAGAACCUUCCUACCGAUAUGCCGUAUGAGACACGAACAUUUCAACCAGCUAUUGCCACUUCCAAUUUGCCUCAAUACCCCGAGAAAAUCGCGCAAGAGUUGGAGUCUGAGAAACCAGAGGCUAUGGGUACUUUGUCGCUCGUUCAAAUGCCCCCGGUUAGCAACAACACAAUGUCUAAUGGCAAUGAACCAUUUCCUGCUUACCGAGACGUCAUGUCUGGUCCUCAGCUCCCUAUUCGCGAGCGUCAGGGUAACACCUCCAAGUGGUCACUAUCCAGUAAUGAAUCGGCAGUUGUUGAGAAGCUCCAAGGCUUGAAUCCUGUUGCUCAAGAUUUCGUACCUCAUCGCCCCAUUACUGGUGCCGAGAAUCAAGCUUUCAGCAUCAAUUUCCUAGACUCAGCAAUACCCUCAUGUAUCCAGUCAUUUCAUGGCGAAUCCACUCAAGAAGGCCAGAACGACUGUGCACCGAGACUUGUCAACAAAGAAUAUGACUGGGGCAGAUCACAAUCGGGAAGUAGGUCAUACGGCGGCAAAAACAGAUAUAAGAACAAACAGGGAUACAAACAUCGGAUGAGUGUGAACGAUCAACCGCCAAUCGGUACACCUCGGGCUGAACCAAAGCCCGAUGCAUUCACGCCAAUUGCAUCAAAAGAGACAAUAACUUCUAAAGAUGUUCAACUUCGGGCUGACCUCCAACUCAAGCCACUAAAGCAAGAGACAUCGAAAGAAGAGAGCAACGAAUCUCGUUCGGUAGUAGAGCCUCAACCAAAGGAAGUCUCAAUCACCGACACCCCAAAGGACAUUAAGGUAGAUCGACAAGACAAAGGGAAGGGGAAGGAAAAGGAAGCAAAUUCUUCGGAGGCAAAAGUUCAAGAGACAGUCACAACCAAAACUACGCCUAAAAAUAACAAGAGGAUCGAGCCGAAAAUUUCCAAACGCCCUGAGUUACGACCAGAAUCUCGUCCCAGCAAGUCAACCAAUACGACUUCAACCGUCCAUACAUCGACGCCUUCUUCUGCAACAGUGACAGCCACCACGACGAGCACUACCACUACAACUGCAAAUCCCAAACCAAAGCAAGGGAAGUCGAAGAACCGAACAGCCCCCAAGAAGGGAGUCGGUACACAUUCUCAAGCUGAAACCAAAGGUCAGCCACUGCAAGCCAGCAAACGACGAGAACUACCCUCGAAUUCAACCUCAAGGAAACCUACCCUAUCCCUCGACAACGCGGACGAUUUCCCCGCACUCCCCUCUAAGCCCGCCCCAGUACUAGCUCCAAUCCCACUAGUCGCUCUUCCUCGUCCGAAUGCGUGGCAGAAAACUGGGCGGUCGACUUCGUCGACGACUGUUACUACUACGAAAGCUAAAGAUGAGGGCAAGAGUAAGGACGAAGGUCAAAGUGAGGUGGUGGAUAUGGUGAACGACAAGGGCAAAGAGAAAGAGAAAGCGCCGUCGCCUUUUCCUAAGGGUGAGAGGAAGGGUGGUUGAAACACAUGAUCGAGCAUAAGUGGUUUCUGCUGCUAGUUUCUCUGUGGCAGGUCUUCACGGUGUGGUUUCCCGUGUCCUUUGCAGAAUCUCGAGAAGAUCGUUCAGGAUUGAGCUACGUAUACAUUUUCUCUUACACUUGUACGCGGCUCUUUUUGUUCUCGAAAGAGAGGGAAGAGCAAGAAUGAUGAAGAGAGCAAUGAACGGCGGUAGCACUGAGUACGAUAUGGGGAUCAACCCCCAAAACGGAAUGAUGCGAUGAGAGAUGCAUAAGUUGACGACGAUACCCAAAGCUUUCCCUUCUUUUCUUUCCUUUUUCUAGUCUGGCGUUAAAGGGGUAUAAUCCGGUGUAUUCGGAAAUGGCGUUCGGGGCACUGAAAAAGGUCUACGUCUUUUCCUUUCUACUCGAUGCAUUUCGCAGGAUAUAAAAUAAGGGAAUGGGGUAUGAGUUAAGUCGUGAACGAUUUUGUACGAAUGACGAUUUAUGCACUGCAUUCCAUACUGCAUGGGGCAAUGAUAAAGGCAUGGCUCACUUUGCUCUCUUGAUAAAUGGCUAGAGGCAGCAGGGGCGUUAGGAGUCCGGAGUUAGACAGCUUUUGUUUGGGAAUUGAGAAGCUCUCCAU